AUGCUUCCUUCCUCCGCCGCUCCCAGCCAGGGUUUCUCUCAGCUUGGACGCCGCUUCCGGUCUUUUCUCUGUUCUGCCCGCUUCUUCUCCCCUCGCCUCUUCUACCUCUACUGCUUGGUCUUCCUCUCCAUCACUGCUCUCAUCGGAGUCAAGAUGCAUCUGAAAAGCUAUCUGCCCGUCGCCCUUCUCGGGGUGCCGGCACUGGCGCAAUCCCCGCCCUCAUCGGCCGCUUCAGACCCCUUCAAGGUCUACACCAUCAGCGCCCAGAACAUCACCGCCAAAUUGAUCCCCUACGGCGCACGUCUGACCUCGCUCCUGGUGCCGGAUCGUCAUGGCAAAUCGCAGGACAUUGUCGUGGGCUACGACGAUCCCAAGGACUACCUGAAGGACACCGAGACCAACCACACCUUCUUCGGGGCCGUCGUCGGCCGCUACGCCAACCGCAUCAGGAACGGCACCUUCGAGGUCGACUCGACCAAGUACCAGAUCGCCACCAACGAGAACGGCGGCGCCGACACCCUGCACGGCGGCAAGGUCGGCUACGACGCCCGCAACUGGACCGUCACCUCGCACACCAACACCUCCGUCACCUUCACCCUGUAUGAUCGCGGCCUGGAAAAGUUCCCCGGCGAUGUCAUCACCCACGCCGUCUUCGCCGUCGACAGCACCCCGUCCGCCGACAACCCGGCCGGUCUCCCCCAGCUGACGACCAAGCUGAUCUCACUGGCCCUCACCGAAACCACCCCCAUCAUGCUCUCCAACCACAUCUACUGGAACCUGAACGCCUUCCAGAAACCCACCAUCCUCAACGACACCUUCCUCCAGCUGCCACUCUCCCACCGCCUCAUCGGCACCGACGGCAUCCUUAUCCCCAACGGCACCCUCCUCGGCGUCGACUCCUACAAGGGCAGCCCCGACUUCACGGAGGGGAAGCUCGUCGGCCGCGACAUCAAGAACACCGAGGGCCUCUGCGGCGACGACUGCAGCGGCUACGACAACUGCUUCAUCGUCGACCGUCCCGCGCAGUCCUCCGCCUCGAACUCCCUGGUGCCCGUGCUGCGCGCCAACUCCUCCGCCACGGGCAUCAGCCUCGAGGUCGCCACCAACCAGCAAGCCGUCCAGAUCUACUCCUGCAACGGCCAGAACGGCACCAUCCCCAUUAAGCCGUCGCAGGCGAAGAAGAACAAGGACGCCAAGAUCGACGGACCCAAGGGCGUCAACAAGUACGGGUGUCUCGUCAUCGAGCCCGAGGGCUGGAUCGAUGGCAUCAAUAACCCCGCAUGGGGCCAGUUGGGUGAUCAGAUCUUUUCGCCGCAGAGCGCGCCCGCGGUCAACUGGGCGACGUACAAGUUUGGGACGGUCUGA